UAUCUUUCCUCCACCGCUUCAGCACCUCAGCCUGCCGGAUCCAGCUGCUCCUCUCUUAUUAUAAGCUGCGCUCCAGUCGCGCGUCUCCACUCCAGGAUGGACUCCUCUCGGUCUCCUUCUGCGCAUCUUUGUCCCCGACUGUAGUUUUGUGGGAGUUCCUUCAGGAGGAAUCGAGUCUUGGUCUUUUUCUGCUCUUCGCUCAGUAUUUGACUGAACAGCGACAGCGCAAUCCUAUCAGAGCUGCAGUCCAGAAAUGGGAAUAUAUCUGCAUCUGCUGCUCUUGCAGAGCUAUUUUGUCUCGAAUUUUGUGUGCAAUGCCGUGGCUUUCGUGGAGGAGCCCGCCGGAGGCAGGUCGGACGGGUACUGCGGGCGGAUCCUUCGGGCGCAAACGCAGGGGACCCGGAGAGAAGGGCACCAUGAGUUCAGGCUUAGGGUAGAGGGAGACCCGGAGACCUACCUGCCGGGCAGCACAUACAGAGUGGUGCUUCUGGCGAGCAGCCCUGCUUAUUUCAGAGGCUUCACCCUCAUCGCACUGAAGGAGGGCAGAGAGGGCACCACAGACGACGACUACGCCGGCCAAUUCCAGAUUAUCGAUUAUGAUGAGACUCAGUUCAUGACCAACUGUCCUCCAGCAGUGACAGAGAGCACGCCACGCAGAAGAACCAGAAUACAGGUGUUUUGGACCGCACCGCCCAGUGGUACUGGUUGCGUUAUUCUCAAGGCCAGUAUUGUUCAGAAAAGAGUCAUCUAUUUCCAGGAUCAAGGUUCACUCACCAUUCGACUUUGUGAGAAAGAGCGUGUUCUUGGUGAAGUGACUGAAGUACCUGCCAUUGAAUGCUGCGCCUGUGGAACGGCCAAAUACAGACUCACCUUCUAUGGCAACUGGUCAGAAAAAAUACAUCCAAAAGACUAUCCAAGACGUGCCAACCACUGGUCUGCCCUGAUUGGUGCAUCACACACCAGGAGUUAUGUGCUGUGGGAAUACGGUGGCUAUGCUAGCGAGGGAGUUCGACAGGUAGCUGAGCUUGGCUCCCCCAUCAAGAUGGAAGAAGAGAUUCGACAGAAGGGUGAUGAAGUGCUGACCGUCAUUAAAACCAAGGCUCAGUGGCCGGCAUGGCAGCCACUCAACCUGCGAGCAGCUCCCUCAGCAGAGUUUUCUGUGGAUCGGACCCGGCAUCUUAUGUCCUUCCUCACUAUGCUUGGGCCAAGCCCAGACUGGAAUGUGGGGCUGUCAGGAGAGGAUCUCUGCACCAAGGACUGUGGCUGGGUCCAGAAACUUGUGGCAGACCUCAUCCCAUGGGACGCAGGCACAGACAGCGGUGUCACAUAUGAGUCACCAAACAAGCCCACCGUUCCUCAGGAGAAAAUUCGACCUUUGACCAGCCUGGAUCAUUCUCAAAGCCCGUUCUAUGACCCAGAAGGUGGGGCCAUUACUCCUGUUGCUCGGGUAGUUGUGGAACGUAUUGCAAGGAAGGGGGAGCAGUGUAAUGUGGUUCCAGACACCAUUGAUGACAUAGUGGCGGACAUUGGACAGGAGGAGAAGGUGGAAGACGACACACCAGAGAUGUGCAUCUACUCCACUUGGUCUCCCUGGUCAGCCUGUAGCAGCUCGACAUGCGACAAAGGUCGCAGGAUGAGACAAAGGAUGCUGAAGGCUCAGCUGGAUCUCAGCGUACCUUGUCCACACACCCAGGACUUCCAGCCCUGCAUGGCCCCGGGAUGCAGUAUGGAGGAGCCUUCAACGUGCAUGAUGUCAGAGUGGAUCAGCUGGUCUGCCUGCAGUGUUUCCUGUGGGAUGGGGAUGAGGUCCAGAGAGCGAUACGUCAAACAGUAUCCGGAGGACGGCUCGCUCUGUCAGCUUCAGACUGAAGAGACUGAGAAGUGUGUUGUCAACAACGAAUGCUCUCCUAGCAGCUGUGUUGUGACAGAGUGGGCGGAGUGGGACCCCUGUAGCGUCACCUGCGGUCUUGGCAUGAGGAGACGGGAGCGAAUGGUGAAGAUGCCUCCUAUCGACGGAUCGAUGUGUAAAACUGAGGUUGCUGAGAUGGAGAAGUGUAUGAUGCCAGAAUGCCACACCAUCCCCUGUAUGCUGUCCCCCUGGUCGGACUGGAGUGAGUGUAGCGUGACGUGCGGCCGGGGAGUUCGAAAGCGUCAGCGGAUGCUGAAGUCUGAUCCUACUGAGUGCACAGAGGAGCUGGAACAAACAGAGAAGUGCAUGCUGCCUGAGUGUCCGAUUGACUGCAUGAUGUCAGAGUGGUCAGAGUGGUCAGAGUGCAACAAGUCCUGCGGUAAAGGACACACCAUCCGCACCCGCAUGAUCAAACUGGAGCCGCAGUUUGGGGGCAGUUCUUGUCCCGAGACCAUCCAGAGGAAGAAAUGCAAGAUCAGGAAGUGCCGUACAAAAGGGGGAGGCGGGAGUAAGCCCAAAGGAUCAGCUCCAGCUGCGUGCCGCAUGCAGCCAUGGACCAGCUGGACUGAAUGCACUAAACCGUGCGGAGGAGGAUUACAGGAGCGGUUCCGGACGGUUAAGAGAAGGGCAAAGAGCAACUGCAAGGACCGGCGGGAGAUUCGUGCCUGUAACAACCAACCCUGCUAGGGGGCACUACUGAGCAACGGAGGGAAAAGGAGCACUGCGAAUAUAAGAAACAAUUCAUUCAUGACAGAAAUAAAAAGAAGGGAGAAAAUUUGGCAAGUUUGUAACUUUCAAAAGGAAGUAAAUUGGAGAGGAGGCAGAACCUAAGGAAGCAGAUAGGAUGGGAAAGAAGGAGAAGUUUUGAUGUUUAGUGAAGCCAUUGUAGAAAUUAGUUAAAAGGAAUGGUUUUAAUUUUAGAACAGAAAGAAAGUAUUAGACAUUAAUGUUUGUGUCCUGCAAAAAUGCUGCCAGGGAAAUAACCAAAAAGCUCUGGUAACCUCAGAAGAACAACAACUCUCCCAUUAUCUGCAAUAUUGGUUUUAAACUAUGCUGACAU